ACCAAGUGCGAGUCGGAGUCCGAAUCCAAAAUAAAGAAAGGGUCCGAGUCGGAAUCGGCGUCGUGGCCGUCCGAUGCGUAUAAAUCGACGCCUCCAUCUCCUCCUCUCUUCCGAUCCCCAUUCAUCGCUUCGCUGAUUCGCUCUCCUCCUCUGCUUGACUGCUUCCGAUUCCGAAUCAUGGCGGCGCCUGCACCCGCACCUGCACCACCGGCUUCCCGCAAGCGCGCGGCGGCGCCGGACGACGAACCGACCGCCACCGGAUCCACUACUCCCGCGGCGGCGGCCGGCGCCAAGAGGCCGCGGAGGUACGCGCUGGCGAGCGUCGACGACUACGAGCAGCUCGACGUCGUCGGCGAGGGCGCCUCUGGCGUCGUCAUCAUGGCGCGCCACCGCCGCACCGGCAGCAAGGUCGCGCUCAAGCACCUCCCCCACGGCGCCCGCGACUUCGACGCCGUCAGGGUCGAGGCUGCCUGCCAGCACGCGUGCACCGGCCACCCCAACAUCGUCCAGAUCAAGGACGUCGUCGCCGACGCCAAGUCCGGGGACGUCUUCCUCGUCAUGGAGUUCGUCGGAGGCAGCCUCCGCGACGAGCUACCAAGGGCCCGGCCGGAGAAGCAAGUCCGCUUCAUGAUGCGGCAGCUCAUCGGCGCCGCCAAGAAGAUGCACGCCUCGCACGUCAUCCACCGGGACAUCAAGCCGGAGAACAUCCUCAACAGCUUCGGCGACCUCAAGGUCUGUGACUUCGGCUCAGCGACGUUCGUCAACCCCGCCGGGAAGCCAUACAAGGAGUGUUUGGUCGGCACCUUGCCCUACACCUCGCCGGAGCAGCUCGCCGGCAACCACUGCUACGGCCCGGGCGUCGACAUCUGGGCGCUGGGCUGCAUCAUGGGCGAGCUGCUCACCGGCGCGCCGCUGUUCGGAGGCGACAUGACGGAGAAGGAGCUGCUCGCCGACCUGUCCGCCAACCUGGAAGACCAACUCAACGAGCUCUUCUUUGAUGUCCUGCCGGAGCUGUCGCCGGCGGCACGCGAGGUCCUCUCCGGGCUGCUGGCGUUCGACCCUGAGAAGAGAAUGACAGCGGCGGAGGCGCUGGAGCACCGGUGGUUCGCCGAGGAGCCCAAGAAAGCAAACUUCGCCGGCUUCGCGCCUCUGUUUGGUUAGAUUGGGAGGACUGAAGAAGGCAGACAAGUCUGUAGUCUGUCAGUCAAUCUGUAACUUAGCACUGAUGAUGUUGAUUGGUAGUCUUGUGUUAGGCCUGAUCAUUCAUCAUUGUCAGUCACUGUUGAUUGAUGCAGUCGAUGUAAUUUUAUUCUCUGGUUGUCAAUGUAACCAUGCUUAUGUAAAUCCUAUUCACUUUGUACAUAACAAUUCAAGGCCUUGUUUGUUCAAUAAAAUCAUCAGC